CUGGGCUUGCUCAUUCAGCCAUAGUCACAGCCACCAUGCCUGGGAGGACCUGGGAGCUGUGCCUGCUACUUCUGCUGGGCCUGGGGUCGCAGGCAGCCCUACCCCCACCAUGUGAGAGCCUGAUUUACUGCCAUGGGGAGCUCCUGCACCAAGUUCAGAUGGCCAGGCUCUACCAGGAUGACAAGCACUUUGUGGACAUGCCACUGUCCUCAACCCCAGACAAAGUCCUGCAGCGCUUCUGGGAGCUGUCCCAGGCCUAUAAUCACAGCAUCCCAAAACAGAAGCUGCAGGAGUUUCUGAAAGAUCAUUUCCAGGAUGUGGGGCAGGAGCUACAGUCCUGGACCCCUGGAGACUGGAAAGACAGCCCCCAGUUCCUGCAGAAGAUCUCGGAUACCAAGCUGCGUGUCUGGGCAGGGCAGCUGCACCAGCUCUGGAAGAAGCUGGGAAAGAAGAUAAAGCCUGAGGUUCUCAACCACCCUGAGCAGUUCUCACUGAUCUACUUAAACCACCCCUUCAUCGUGCCUGGCGGGCGCUUUGUUGAGUCCUACUACUGGGACUCCUACUGGGUGAUGGAAGGCCUGCUCCUCUCUGAGAUGGCCGAGACGGUGAAGGGCAUGCUGCAGAACUUCCUGGACCUGGUGAAAAUCUACGGGCACAUCCCCAAUGGUGGGCGUGUGUACUACCUGCAGCGGAGCCAGCCCCCACUCCUGACCCUCAUGAUGGCCCGCUACCUGAGUCACACCAAUGACACUGCCUUCCUACAGGAGAACAUUGAGACCCUAGCCUUGGAAUUGGAUUUCUGGACUCAGAACAGGAGUGUCUCUGUGAACUUUGGGGGAAAGAACUACAUCCUGAAUCGCUAUUAUGUCCCUUAUGGGGGACCCAGGCCUGAGUCCUACAGCAAAGACGCAGAGUUGGCAGACACCUUGCCAGAGGGGGACCGGGAGGCUCUGUGGGCUGAGCUCAAGGCCGGGGCCGAGUCUGGCUGGGACUUCUCUUCACGCUGGCUCAUUGGGGGCCCAAACCUCACCUCGCUCAGCAGCAUCCGGACAAGCAAACUGGUGCCUGUUGAUCUGAAUGCUUUCCUGUGCCAAGCAGAGGAGCUGAUGAGCAACUUCUAUGCCAGACUGGGAAACGACGCCCAGGCCACGAAGUACAGAACUCUGCGGGCACAGCGCUUGGCCACCAUGAAUGCCCUCCUGUGGGAUGAAGAGAAAGGUGCCUGGUUUGACUACGACCUUGAGAAUGGGAAGAAAAACCUGCAGUUUUACCCAUCCAACCUCGCUCCCCUCUGGGCCGGCUGUUUCUCUGACCCUGUCGUCGCAGACAAGGCUCUGAAAUACCUGGAGGACAGCCAGAUCCUGACCUACCAGUAUGGGAUUCCGACCUCUCUCCAGAAGACUGGCCAGCAGUGGGACUUCCCCAAUGCCUGGGCCCCGCUACAAGACCUGGUCAUCAGAGGUCUGGCCAAGUCGCUUUCACCUCGGACACAGGAGGUGGCUUUCCAGUUGGCUCAGAAUUGGAUCCGAACCAACUUUGAUGUCUACUCCCAGAAGUCAGCCAUGUAUGAGAAGUAUGACAUCACCAACGGUGGAAAGCCCGGUGGUGGAGGGGAGUAUGAAGUUCAGGAGGGGUUUGGCUGGACCAAUGGAGUGGUCCUGAUGCUCUUGGAUCGCUAUGGUGACCGGCUAACCUCAGGAACCCAGCUGGCCUUCCUGGAGCCCCACUGCCUGGUUGCUGCCCUUCUGCUAAACUUCCUGCUCAGCCUGCUGCCAUGGUGACAGCCCUACCACCCUUCUGCCCUCCCCAGAUCCUGCCCCACUAAAUCUCUGUACUAGCA